AUGUCCGUCAAGUCUUUCAAUAACAUAAUUUCCAAAGGAGGCCCACGCUUCCCAAUCGAAAAGAACAGAUACAACUUGUAUGUCUCGUUCACGUGUCCUUUUGCCCAGAGAGCAGCCAUCGUUAGACAACUCAAAGGCUUAGAGGAGUACCUUCCAUUGGUACAUACCCACUACUCGUUGGACUCCAAGGGAUGGCGUUUCCCAACCAAGGAGGAAUUGAGCUCAGUUCCUGAAGGUGAUAUCACUCUCGGUACUUUGGAGCCCAACUACGGACUCGAAAGAAUCAGCGAGUUGUACUUCAAGGCUAACCCUAAUUACGAGGGACGCUGGACCGUUCCUGCUUUGUGGGACAAAAAGGAGGAAACAUUGGUGAAUAACGAAAGUGGUGAGAUGGUUCGCUUCUUCAACACCGAGUUCAACGACUUUCUUCCCGACGACUACAAACAUGUGGAUGUCUACCCCAAUGAGUUGCAGCUGCAGGUGGAGCUGUUCAACGAGCAGUUUGGAGAUGCUGUAGGUAAGGCCUUUUUCAAGACCAGCUUUGCCCAGAACAAGGAGGACUUCGAAGCUGGGUACAAGGCCCUUCUCGAGGAGCUCAAGAAGGUUGACAAGUACUUUGAAGAAAGACAGGAAAAGGGUCUGUUCUUUGCCAUUGGGUCCCAACUCACCGAAGCCGACAUCAAGCUUUUCACCUCUGUUGUUCGUGUGGGCAGAGUUUACUACAACGACUACGGAGCUCAGCGUUUCAGUCUCGCCAAGGACUACCCACACCUCCACAAGUGGUUUUUGAAUCUCUACAAGAUCCCUGCUUUCAAAGACACCACCGACUUUGUGCAACUUACCAAGUCGGCUGAGUCUCGUUCAGGUAAAACCGUCUCGGAGAAGUUUGAGUCCGUGUUGGACCUCGCCUAG